CACCUCACCUCAUCUUGACAGCCAAAAUAUUGCGAAAGUCUCCAUUGCUCUCCUCAGACACAACAACUUUUUCUCCACGCCCAAAUGUCUGCAGAAAAUACCAAGAUGUCUCAAGCAACAAGAGACAUCCUGAUGAAGGUCCGAAAAAUGGUACCUCCCAUGCUGGAGAAAUUCCACAAAGGACAAAUGGGUAGGAUAGCAGUUAUAGGUGGAAGUGAAGAUUACACUGGAGCUCCAUACUUCUCUGCUAUGGCCAGCGCUCGCCUGGGUGCAGAUAUGAGUCAUGUCAUCUGCGAGCCUCAAGCUGCACAAGUCAUUAAAACCUAUUCUCCAAAUCUGAUGGUUCAUCCCUUGAUGCGACAAACGACCCAUGCGAGCUCGGGCGAAUCUUCAGAUGCAAUUGCGAAGACCGUCAUCGAUAUGCUACCCCGCCUCCACGUACUGGUAAUAGGUCCUGGGCUCGGACGGGACCAACUGAUGCAGGAUACGUGUGCGAAAGUUAUUGAAGCUGCAAAGAAAAACAAAAUGCCAUUUGUGUUGGACGCAGAUGGUUUGAAUCUGGCACAAACGAGACCGGAAUUAGUACAGGGCUACAAGGAGUGUAUAUUGACGCCGAAUGUGGUGGAAUUCGGGAGGCUGUGUAAGAGUAAAGGGAUUGACACCUCAGGGUUGGAUGAUGGGAAGGCUGCAGAGAAGCUAUCGAACGCUUUUGGGGGCGUGACGAUUAUCCAGAAGGGUGCAAAGGAUUAUAUUUCGAAUGGAGAUAAGACGCUGGUCUCUGACAUUGAAGGUGGUCUGAAGAGAAGUGGCGGGCAAGGAGAUACACUGACUGGAAGUCUGGGUACAUUUUUGUGCUGGAGAAAGGCAUAUCUGGAUAAACUGUGGGAUCACGAAGGAGAUUUGGAUUCGGCUGAACUUCUGGCUCUGGCAGCAUUCGGAGGUAGCUCCGUCACGCGGGAAUGCUCGAGAUUGGCAUUUGCAAAGAAGGGAAGAAGUUUGCAGGCGAGUGAUUUGACCGAGGAGGUCUUCAUUGCUUUUACAAAUCUUUUUGAAAGCCCAGCACCAAAGCUGUGAGCAAGAAGGGCCCUCCCAUCACCACAAUAGCCACCCCACAUGUUACUUACCUCUCAGUCACCGUCCAAGUAUCCGCCAUACCAACCAAGAUUCGAUGCCUGUGAAGUGCUCACACCAUUCAGGACAAUUCAUACUUGUUCCAAUGUCUGGCUUUGAAGGGUAGACUCAAGAUUAGACGAUAUUAUCGACCAAAACAAACAUCGAACCACCAAAGAUGUCCAAUACGAUGUAGGACCAUGACAGCUUUGGGAUGUCUAGACAAUUAUGGCACAAUCAACUAGAACUGAAUCUGCAUUCAUGUGCUUUACAAAUAGUUGCAGAUACAAGGAGUACUUGGGCACCUACCAACUGGAGAGGUCUGGUGCAAUCAAUGGAAUCAUGACUUUGGUCUUCGAAUAAACUACAUAGAUGCCAAAGACUUGAAGCAGGAUGUUGAUCUCUCUAGUCUCUCAGCUCUCACGUGCAUCAACAGUGUAG